AUGGCGGAAUCACCAUUUCUGGUGCAUUUUGGACAACCGCAUGAAAAAACGUCGGUUUGUGGAAAAUAUGCGCUCGAUGCUAAGGACCUGGAAUCUUUAGCAGCUGCUGUGGAGGAUAAUUUCUAUUUCGAAUUGGUUAUUGGUUAG